GGCUCGGUGAGGGAGGGCACCGCCACACUCAGGCGUAUACUAACGAGUGAUUAGGACUUGUUGAUGGGGAGGAUUUGUUGAUCGGGGGGUAUAAAGACUCAAGCGAGUCGAGUGACUACUGCUUCCUUUCAGCUUUCUUCCCUCUGAGCGUGGGAAAUCGCACUGGCGUUACUUUCCCUAUUCCCUUUACGCACCGAUCGCCAUACAUGCCAUCUCCCGCCUUGGGCUCUGAUGGAAAACCCAUGGUGCGUCGAACUGUCUGCUGAUCACCGGGGGGGUUAAGUUGCAGCUUGUCACACAAUGCAGACGUCAUCUCCACUGGAUUCAGAUCAGCUUUGGAGAUGUUUUAUUCUUCUCCUCAGUUCCUAUCGCACCCUGUUGUGAGUAUGGAAUACUGUAAAGACAACAUGUUUUGAGAAUCCUGCAGACCGGAGGUAGCUGGAAUACAAGUUUGCAUUGAUUUAUGCUGCUGCAUCAAUUUUUUUUUACUACGGUUGCGUAUUUCUUUCCAUCUCUAAGUGUGUGACUAAUGAUCAGUCACCGCAGGGUCGCUGUCGCGGAUAGCUUCUUGCAAACUUGAAGUUCGCAUCGCCCGGUGCUGCUGUGCCUGCACUCGGGUGGUGAUCUUCGCAUGAGGCGUCUGUGUUUGCUGUCGGCGCACAUGCACAGGCGUCCCCACCGGCACCCCAAAGAGCGACUUCUGAUAGAGCAACCUCGUCUGCAAGAAGGAGGAAAAAACGGAGGGGUAAAAGAGGAAAUAGUGGGUGCUGUGCUGUAAGGACGCUGCAGCCGGUAGUGGACAUUUAAGGAGGCGAUGCUGCUGAACAUGUCACAGACAAUGAACAAAAACAUCACUUUGUGCAGGUAUGAAUGAUCCUCUGAAAUCUCCGUCCGCGUGAGUUUGGCGUAGCUCUUCCUCAAGACUAUGUUUAUUGAUGCAUGUAUGGAAUUACGCAUGAACUGAUCUCAUUUUUUUCCAUCAUGUCCAAGAAUCUUUCGACGAUGUCAUCUGUUUUAAUAUAGCAAUGACAAUGUAGUAUUUGGACGAAUCCAGAAGACCAGCUCCUAAAAUAUAUAUAUAUAUUUGACAUUUGACUUCACGGAACGGACCACUCAGCCGCCACCAUGGGACUGUGACCCGGGCUGCGAGCUCCGAGAGGCGGCUGUUUGUGUAGUCUGAGCCCCCUGUUCAGACUGGACCUGAGCAGCUGUGACAUUUUGAGCCAUGGCUGCUGCUAUCGCCAGUGGCCUGAUCAGACAGAAGAGACAGGCACGGGAGCAGCACUUAGAGCGGCCGCAGCCCAACCGACGGAGGAAGAGCCCCAACAAGAACAAGGGGCUCUGCAAUGGGAACCUGGUCGACAUCUUCUCUAAAGUGCGCAUCUUCGGCCUCAGGAAACGAAGACUACGGAGACAAGAUCCCCAGCUCAAGGGUAUAGUGACAAGGUUAUAUUGCAGGCAGGGAUACUACUUGCAAAUGAACCCCGAUGGCUCUCUUGAUGGGACCAAAGAUGACAGCAGUAAUUCCUCUUUGUUCAACCUUAUUCCUGUGGGCCUCCGAGUUGUCGCCAUUCAGUCCGUGAAGACAGGGUUAUACAUCGCCAUGAACGGGGAGGGUCAUCUGUACACAUCAGAACUCUUUACAGCGGAGUGCAAGUUCAAAGAGUCGGUGUUUGAGAACUACUAUGUGAUCUACUCGUCCAUGUUGUACAGACAACAGGAGUCGGGGAGAGCUUGGUUCCUAGGGCUCAAUAAAGACGGCCAAGCCAUGAAGGGGAAUCGGGUGAAAAAAACCAAACCAGCUGCUCACUUCCUGCCCAAGCCAUUAGAAGUUGCCAUGUACAGAGAGCCAUCGUUGCAUGAUGUUGGAGAGACAGUGCCCAAGACAGCAGUUCCUCCCAGUAAAAGCACAACUGAGCCGGCAGUGAUGAACGGAGGUAAACCUGUAAGCAAGCCCGACAAGCCCCCCACAUAGCCACACCUGACUCAGUGUGAGGGGGGGAGACUUGACGGAGGCAGGGCUUUUCCCGACUAGACUCCAAACCCUCUUUUUUCUGUGGGUCCGAUCCAUUCAAACCUUUCUUCUCUUGCUCCCUCUUCCCUUCUUCUCCGCCUCGCCCUCCCUUUCUCCGGCCGUCACAUCACGGGCGCAUGGAUUCUGAGGCGGCUGAGUUUCUCCAGCACAGGAGGGAAGAGGACCUCUGAAUAUGGAAUGCCUUUUAGAUUCCUCUGAAACUGUGAGAAUUCAUGUGAAUAACGCGUGUUUCACACCCACGCUAGUGGUACUUUGCUUGCUGACAGUUCAUUCAAGAAACCCCCCCCAUCCCCUCCUAUAAUGCCCUGUUGCAGCAGUCUGUGUACCUUCAGAUCUAUUUUCUAUACCACAGUUCACCAGCUAUGUUCUGGGAUAGAGACUGUAUAGAUAGAGUAAAUAAUAGGACUGUUGUCCUCUAUUUUUUACCAGUAUGUUCCCUUCUCCCUCUCUUUCUAUCUCUAGUCACACACUUUUCUCUUUGUCAAGUAACCUAGAAAAGAUAAAAACAUUUUGCAAGGGAGUUGUGUGAUUUUCUAAGAAACACAUUCACACAGAUGUGGCAUAAAAACAUCCAUAUAUACAAAGACACAAUCCACAUUUGUGUCUUGCCUCCAACAUGCACACAUACAUACAGACAAAGUGUGUUGGGAAAAAAUAUGUUGCUUUUUAAGGCUGAUAAAAACACGCUGGAGGCUGGCAGAUAGCUCCUGUAAUCAUAGCUGAUGAAGUGCUAAUUACCGCCAAUCAAUGCGAGAACUUCCAACACACACGCAUUUAUAAACAGAUGUGUGUGUGGGUGGGAGAGCUCUGUAAGGAAUGGUGUAUACAUAUCACUAUCUAAGUCCCACCAGCGGUUCAGUCCGCCUUCUCUGGUAAGUAGAAACCUGAAGUCUAUUUUUCUUUAAUCUUAUUUCAGAGCGUGGGCUCUAGGAAUAUCUCUAGGCCUUGUAGGCCUCUGUCCCUCACUCACUGACUUCUUUGGACUAAGAGGCAAGGCUUGUGGCUUUGACCCAGAUGGUCUAUAACUGCAGCACUGGCAGCCAUCUUAUGGCAGCGUCUACCUAAAGCCAGAAAACAACAUGGCUGAAAACCAGUAGGCGACAUUUAUCCUGGCUGCAUCCCUAUUUGGUUCAAACUAAAGCAUGGGCAAGGUUAAUAUUGUGUUCUCUCUUCGAGCAGCAGUUAUCCAAGAGAUGGCUUAUAUUGUAACAUUUUCACUGUAUAAAACUUAGGGAAAAUUACUAUUAUAAAUCAUAACUUUUUAAAUGACUAGAUAUUGUUAUUAUAAUUAUUAUUAUUACGAGAGGAUUUGUCUCCUAGCUCAGCAUGCAGAGUCCAGUAUCAUCUUGGCCUAUCACGUGCCUGUUUGGACUUUGAUUCCCGGCAUGCAAAAACAGGUUCCCAGUCCCCACUGGGCCAAAGGUGCCUCACACACCCAAUACAUCCACGUAGAGGACACGUAGCAUUACCCAUCGACAAACCACACUCAGAUGUAUUCAUCAUGAAAUGACCAAAGUCUUUUUUCAUCCCAAGACAAACUGAUUCUUUACAAGAGAAAAUCUGAUUCAAUUAAUUGAAGCUUUCACUGUGAUAGCAUUUGUUCGGAACAAACCAACUCCGCUCAGACCCCCAGGGGUCUUUGACUGAUGUCAUUUUAGAGAAAUACGUAUACCUUGAAUUAAUCACAUGCAUGUAUUUUAUAUAAGGAUUACGGUAAGGGUUUCAUUCUUCCCUCUAUGUAAGCUGAAGAGUACUAAGGUUCAGUGAGAGUUGAAUGGGCAUGUUGAAGGCUACAGCACACACUCACAGCUACUCUGAAGGUAACCCAUUUUCUGUUUUGCAUUUUUCUUCAUGACUGUUAGCAGUUUAUCAAAGCUCUAUCUGAUCAAUUUAUAACAUUUGUCUUGCUUUAUUGAUUUCUCCUAAUGGUUUUGUUAGACACGAUUUAGAAUAUGAAGUAGAUUGUUGCUGCUGUGUGCUGCUAAAACUCAUCAUAUUACAAAAAUUGAUUUGGUGAAUAUCAUUUUCGGAGUUUAUUGGGAUUACACAUGAUCAUUUGUUAUUACAGCACAUCAAAGCACAUUAGUUAGGAUUCAAUAAUUGUCUGUACAAAGCUGUUAAUAACAAAUAUGACAUAGUAUACACACAGGAGCUGAAAAACCACUGUAGUUGUGUUUGAGGAUGAUAUUGUGUCCUCAUUACAGCCAAUCAUCCUCGACUACACACUCUACAUGCUGGGCUGGCUGCUGCUCCAGCCUUGCCCUCCAGAUAACUGGCUCCUCUAAGGCUGACUUUAUUUUUGUAAAUGACCGGUGUGUAAAUGUACAUCUCUGAUUGGAUCUCUGUAGCCCACCGUUUUUUGUUUAGUCCUUAUUUUUUUCUUGUAUACGGGUUGUGCGUGAUGUCGUGUCCUGAUAGCGCUCAUAUUUGCUUUGUUCCCCCUCUCUUCAGAUGUGUUACAAGAAUAUUCUAACAAAUUUGGUUUCUUUGUUGCCUCUGUUAUCAAACCUCUUAUUUUGUGUGUUGUCCCAUCUGUUGCAUGGGGAGAGGAUGGCAUUGAUGAACUGCAUGUAGUAGGCUAUGUCUAUCGAGAACUGUUGGUAUGUACCGCUAAUUUUACAUACAUAUAUGCAACGAGUUUGUCUACACUAUACAGUUUGUGUUUGUUGUAUACAACAUAUACAACAUAUUGAAUAAAAAUAUUUAUAUAAAGGUGUACUGUAAUGUCAGUAACAUACUUAAUGCAAUAUAGUGUGCAGUAUAUUAUUGCACCAGUCAUCUUUUGAGGGGGCAAAGAAAACAGAAGGGUUGGCUAGUUUAAGCAUGAAAAAGGCCAAAGUAGAAUUUACAUUAAAUUUUCUUUGUGACUUCUUAUCGGUCUUCUUUUCAAGCGGUGACUGAGCACUUGUGUCAAUGCAGCUCUCAUGCCCUGAUGCUUUUCUUUGAAGUGACAUGGACAUCCAGCAUGCCACACCUGAACUAUGUAUGCCCUCUCUUGGUUUCCUCCACUUAGAUUUUAACCUUGUCACUAGUGUGUGUUGAGUGAGGAGUGUCCAUCACGUACCUUCAGUACAGUGUGGCUGUCAUGGCAGGUUCUUUGGUUUGAUUUCCCGUUGGAGAAGAAUAGGCACUAUUAAAAUGAUUUAUUUUCAACAAAAAAAAAUAUACCAUUGCAAGUAUGCCCAUUGGAGUUAUGUCAUGUUAUAACAAAUUUGUAACCAUGUAUGAUUAAGGUCUUCGCAUUGUUUUCCAUGCAAAAUGUUGUGUCAUGCGGCACAUUAAUGUUUUAUUAUUAAAAAAUAAAUAAAAACCUCAAAUAGUAA